CUUUUUCCUAGACUUAUAGUGUACAAAUCCAAUUUUUACACUGUACAUAAGUUUUUUUUCAUUAACUUGAGAAGUUCAACCGGCCAUUGAUCAAGUAAUUCAAUAAAAUAUUAAUACCUAAAUAUAAAAUUAUUGUUUUUGUUUUUCCAUUAGCGUUUCCACUAUAAUGUCGUUGUCAAAAACGACCAACACGUAUAACCGUCAGAAUUGGGAAGACUCUGUAAGUAUUUGUUUUUGAAAAACAUAAAAUUAUCAUUAGGUAUAUUAAUACUUACAAUAAUACUUGUAAUAAUACAAAUUUAUUUUAUCGAUGACAAAUUGAUUGCUAAUAUAGUAGAUAUGAAUAAAUUGACUUGCUGGAUAGCAAUACAAUUUUUUAAAUUAUGUUUUAAUAUGUUAUAUAUCACCAGAGGAUAAAUCACUGACAAGUAACGGAUAUCAGUAUACAAAUAUUUGGUAAACAUAGAAAUCUUUAAAAAUCGUACAGGAUAUCUUAAUAAGAUUGGGAAAAUCAUGGUAUUCUUGUAUCCAGUGUACACAAUAUUAAUCAAUGAUUUAUCCUCUGCAUAUUACAGAUGUCUGUAACCUAAUUAUUAUGGAAUAUGCCGAAAAAAAUCAAUUGUACCCAUUUUUUACAAUAUUUAGUGAAAAAAUGUUUUACUAUAUGUUCUAUAUAAAAAUUAACUUUAUUCAAUUGAUUUUAAGAAAAUGUUUGAAUUGAUAAUCAUCAUGUUGUAUAGCUAACCUACAUAAGUUUAUUACAAACCUAUAUUUUUAUUGUUCAUGUACCUAUCUAUAGUUUUUCUCUUUUUUAUUUAAUUAUAGGACUUUCCAAUUGUGUGUGAAACAUGUUUAGGAGACAGCCCUUAUCUGCGAAUGGUUAGUAAAAAAUAUUUAUUACUCAGGAGAUUUUUCUACACAUGCUUUAUUAUUUUAGACUAAAGAAAAAUAUGGUAAAGAGUGUGAAGUGUGUGCGAGACCAUUUACCGUGUUCCGUUGGUGUCCAGGCGCUAGAAUGCGUUUCAAGAAGACUGAAAUUUGUCAAACCUGUGCACGUCUCAGAAACGCAUGCCAGACAUGCUUGUUAGAUCUUGAAUAUGGAUUACCAUUACAAGUAUGCCGAUACUCUAUAAUGAUUAAUUUCUACUUACUGCAUGAUGUGAAAUAUGUUUAAUAAUAUUUAAAUUUACAGGUCCGUGAUGCUGCAUUAAAAAUCAAAGAACAAAUUCCAAAGUCUGAUGUUAAUAAAGAAUACUUUGUUCAAAAUAUGGACUCUGAAGUGAGACUACCCAAAUUUAUUAUUAUUAAAGAUUAAUUAACUAUUAUGUUUGCUAAAAUUGUCUAAAUACCUACAUUAUUUCAGUUGGCUAAAAUGGAUGAAGCCGGUGGUAAAUGUCAAAAUGCUAGUGAUGUAUUGGCUAAAAUGGCACGUAAAGCUCCUUAUUACGAACGAAACAGGCCACACAUCUGUUCUUUCUGGGUGAAAGGCGAAUGUCGCAGAGGAGAAGAAUGUCCAUAUCGACAUGAAAGACCUACCGAUCCAGAAGAUCCAUUAUCAAACCAAAAUUUCAAAGACAGGUAAUCUAUUAUGAUGAAAUAAUUUAAUGUUUAAACCCUUUAAGGGAAAAUUUUAGAUUCCGAGCUUAGCGAAGGAGCUAUUGGUUUAUCCUAGUAAACUUGUUCCAAUGCAUAAGUGUAGCACGUUUUCUUUUCUGGAAGCCUAAGUUAUUUAUAUUGUAUUUUAGAGAGAUUAUUUUUUGAUUAUUGACACCAUUUUUGUAAACGAAAGCACUUCAAUGGGAAAAAAUAAAGGAAAACGUAUAAUUUCAUGAUUUUAUUAUUUUAUAAAAACACGAAUAAUGUUUUUUACCAGAAAAAAUGAUUUAAUCGAAAAAUCACAAGAUACUUUUUUUGAUGCCUUUUUGAUUUACUUUCUUACAGUAUCAUCGCCAAAAAUUUUCAGCCACUUUUGAUCUGUUAAGGAAUUAAAAUUUUUGGGAGUUAUUUUAGCUGCUUUGGUUAUAAAUACAUGUAGAGACUUGAAACUUGGUAAUAAUACUUAUAUUGGACUUACCUAGACGUGGUAAAAUUUCCAAAAUCAUUGGACGACUUUUUUUACAAUGGUGCUUUAUUUUUAUUUUUUUCAUACUUUAGAUCACUUUUAUCCUAAUAAACUUGCUCCGAUGUUUAAGUGUAGCAUCUUUUCUGAAAGUGAAUUUUAUAUAUUUGGUAAAUAUAAAACACAGGUCAUUUUUUUGAUUUUUUAAACAGUAUUUAAAAUAAAAACGAUUAACUGGAAAGAAAAAUAUGAUUUUUUUCACGAUUUCAUUAUUUUAAAUAAGUACUUAUCACGUUUUCUAGUACAAAUAUGGCCCCAAUUGAAAAAUGAGACCUUUUUUGUUGAACUAUUAAUCUUGUUUUUAAUGAUGCAGUUUAUUUUUUUUUGAUUUUCGAAUUAGUUUUCAUAAUAGUCGGUAAAAAACGUUGGAAGGUUAUAUUAUUAAUAAAAAUUACGGCACUUCAAAUUAUGUAUUACUGAACUGCAUUCGGAAUUGUCUUUCGUCAGCAAUGGUUUAUUGUUGCUUACAGAUAUAAAUGAAAUAACCUUAUGUAUCCUACCUUCCCAACUUCUCACCUACAACAAUGGCCAUACCUGCCCUCAGUAUCAGCUCUUUAAUAAAUUAUUUACAUUUAUUUUUAUCUGACUAAUUUAUAUCACUAAAUAUUCUAUUAUUUAUGUGGGUAUUAAUCUUACUUUUUGAUAUUGUAAAAUUUUAGGUAUUACGGUGUAAACGACCCUGUUGCCGAGAAAAUGAUGAACCGAGCUAGUGAAAUGCCUAAACUGGAAAAACCCGAAGACCAAACAAUAACGACACUCUAUGUGGGCAACUUGAACGAUAUAACCACUGAAAAAGAUUUGCGGUAUGUAAAAUCCCUAUAUAAUUAAUAAUUGAAUAUAUCUAAGGUAAUGAAAAAUAUUUAAAUAAAAAAUUUUCCUAUAGGGAUGUAUUUUAUCAGUAUGGUGAAAUACGUAAUAUCACACAUGUGGCCCAUCAGAAUUGUGCGUUCAUUCAAUUCACGACACGAGCUGCAGCAGAAAUUGCUGCCGAAAGUACAUACAGUCGCUUAACAUUAGGCGGGCAAAAACUUAACGUACGUUGGGGUCACGCUCAGGCGCGCAAAGACAAGGACACCACUAGUGGCCUGACGGCAUUGAAAGAGAACAAAAUGAAACCUACACCUGGUUUGCCAGCUCCACUGCCACCAUUGCCAACAGAAUUGCAAAACAAUUUUUUCAACAUUGCACCGCAGACUAUGCCCGUUGUUGCUACUCCUUAUAUACCUGUGCUGCCAACAAUACCGCAUCCAAGUAUGCCAUACAUAUCAACGCCUCUUUAUCCGCCUGGCACUAGCAAAUAAAGUUUUCCAAUAUUAGCAUAUACAUAAUAUUAAAAAAUUUUUUUUGUAACAGUACCCAGACAAUAAACAAUACAAUGAUAUUGUAAUCUACAUAUUAUUUUUUAAUCAUUAACAAUAGUUAACUUAAAUUCUGUAACUACAAUUACAAAUCUUUACCACAUUUGGUUAUAAUUUUUUUAUUUCGAUCAUU